ACGGAUAAUAAAUCUUCAUAGAUAUUCUAUACCUCUCUAUUUCAUGACUUUUUCUUAGCUAUUGUAUUUUCCCUCCUUCUUAACUUAAUCUGCUAGUUGAUGGGUAUGUGGAUAUGAGGAUGAUAUGCAUGAAUAAAUAACCUUCUCCUGUAUUUCGAGCGAAACGUUUCUCCUUUGGGGAAGCUGAAAAUCAUAUGCAUAGUGCAAAUUGACACAGAUUGAAGCGUUCAUUUCUACCGUAUCGUGAACUUGUUCCAGAAGUACAACCCCUAUCGGUAUACCGAUACCAGUACGGAUUAUAACGCCGACCGGUAUACCGGCAUUAGUAUGAAGUAUAAUCAGUCGGCCGAUAUUGCUGAUAUUUUGCAAUAUGAUACGAUUUUUGUCAAAAAACAUCCUGCAAAAUAUGAUCAAGACAAGCCGGUACCGAUCGUUAAACCAGUCACCAGUAUACCGAUCGGUACCGAUGCCGGUCAGGUAUGAAGUUUGUAUACCGAUGAUCGGUACCGGUAUCGCAUUUUUGAUAUCGGUUACACCCCGACCUGUUCUAAUCAUGUGAGGCGAAUUUAACGGAUAAUAAAUCUUCAUAGAUAUUCUAUACCUCUCUAUUUCAUGACUUUUUCUUAGCUAUUGUAUUUUCCCUCCUUCUUAACUUAAUCUGCUAGUUGAUGGGUAUGUGGAUAUGAGGAUGAUAUG